GUUCAUAAACUAUAAUUUGCGGUUGCGCUUUUCUUUUAAAUAAGCAAGCUGAAUACUUGGAGGAGAGAGGCAGGAAAGCUAGAAGAGACAGAAGCCAAGGCAGCUAAAGGAAAGAAACCUUCAGUACAGAAAACACGAUUAUCUACAGAGGACUUGGAGGCAUCACAGAUUCCCUAAGCACGGAGAGAAAACUUAUGUCUUUGCCUCCUUCUACCUCCAUAUCAGAAAUGGAACCCAACGGCAACUUCAGCAAUAACAAUAGCCACAGGAACUGCACAACUGAAAACUUCAAGAGGGAGUUUUAUCCUAUUGUGUACCUGAUAAUAUUUGUCUGGGGAACCUUGGGAAAUGGUUUUUCUAUAUAUGUUUUUCUGCAGCCUCAUAAGAAGUCCACAUCUGUGAAUGUUUUCAUGCUAAACCUGGCCAUUUCAGAUCUCUUGUUCACAACCACACUGCCCUUCAGGGCUGACUAUUACCUGAGAGGCUCCAAUUGGAUAUUUGGGGACGUGGCCUGCAGGGUUAUGUCUUAUUCCAUGUAUGUCAACAUGUACAGCAGCAUUUAUUUCCUGACUGUGCUGAGCGUUAUGCGCUUCCUGGCAACUGUUCACCCCUUCCGGCAUCUCCACGUCACCAGCAUCAGAAGUGCCUGGGUUGUGUGUGGGAUCAUAUGGAUCUUUAUCACGGCUUCUUCAACAACACUUCUGAACAAUGGCUCUGAGCAAGAGGGUAAUGUCACAUCAUGCUUAGAGCUGAAAUUCAAUAAACUUUUUAAACUGAAGAUCAUGAACCACAUCGCCUUGGUGAUAGGCUUCCUACUGCCAUUCUGUACGCUCAACAUCUGUUACCUGCUGAUGAUUCGCGCCCUGUUAAAGGUGGAGGUGCCAAAAUUGGGGCUGCGGGUUUCUCACAAGAAGGCGCUGACCACCAUCAUCAUUGCCUUGAUCAUCUUCCUCCUUUGUUUCCUGCCCUAUCAUGUACUGAGAACCUUCCACCUGGCUGUGUGGAAAGUGGGUACAUGCAGAGACAGGCUGCAUAAAGCCGUGAUCAUCACACUGGCCUUGGCGGCUUCUAACACCUGCCUCAACCCUUUGCUUUAUUACUUUGCUGGGGAGAAUUUUAAGGACAGACUAAGGUCUGCACUCAGAAAAGGUGAUCCACAGAAGACAAAGUGCAGCUUUCCUGUCUGUGUGUGAUCGAAAAGGGAAACAAGAAUGUGAAGGGUUAUUAGGUGAAGCCUGUUCUUGUAUUCCUGGGUCCACCUUCAUUCACACAGUCUCCAAAUGAUCAUGUGUUUACACCAUUCCCAGCAAAGUUCUAUUCCCAACAUUUACUUGACCAUGAUUUUUGUUAAUAAGAUCUACUUCAAACAUUUCAUUAAAUGUAUUUUCAAUGGUUAAGUCUAAAUGAGGAGCAUAGCAGGAAAAUUCCAUACCACAGAGUCUUGCAACCUGAAGUGUCAGAUUGGGGGAAAACGUCCAGCAAGCAGAAUGGGUGCAACUUUUCAUCAGAUUCUGUAUCAGAUCUCUGACCCAACAGGCAUUCUAAAUUCUUAACUUUAAGAUAACUCCAACAUCUCUAGCUUCUCCAGUUCCUCUUCGCUUGUCAAUCCCCUGACAUAAAGCCAAUUAAAGCUGCUGGAGACGGCCAGAGCAGAUAAGAAAAGCAUUCUAAGAAUUCAAGGGAAAGACCUUGAUGGUAAAGAGAAAAGCAUGGUCAAGGUCCCAAAUGAAAGCAGUGAAAGAAAAGGAGAGAGAAGGACUAGGGCAAGAAAGAGCUAGUGAGAAAGAGGGGAAAGGAGGAAUUUCAUUUUGCACUGGGAAAGGGGCUCUACCACAUGGAAGGCAAGAAGGUUCCUUUUGCCUCUCUCUUGCCCGGGGGUUAAGAAGGACAGGAAGAGUAGGAAGAUGACCUGGGGCAUUGCCCCUAGGGGACUAAAAGGAUUAUGUGUACAAUGGAGAAGGGAGCUCAAGUUCACUCUUGAGAUUUGGGUUUAGACCGGCUUGACUGCAUUUCUUAGUCUUGCAUGUUAAUUCAUUGAGAUGGGUCCAGAACAGAGGAGUUGCCUCUAAGGGUUUGGAUGGGCACUCAGAAAGAGAGUAGGGUGGAUGACAAGUUGAGAAGUCUUUUAUACCCCUGAAAUUCUAUUAACAUUUUGGCAGAACAUAAGUAGAGUAGCUUUCCUUUUGAGAGAGUGUAGGAAAUCACUGGAUAGUAGGAAGGGAUCCUUUCUGUUCAUUGAAACAAGGCUAAGGAGACUACCACCAUGACCUUUGUAUUGCCAAGAACUGAGUGUCCUCUUCAUGCCAGGCAGACUGCGCCAGGCACUUCAUGUUUAUUGACCCCAUUUAAACCUUACAUCAAUGCCUGGUGUUUCCAUUUUACUGAUGAAGACACUGAAGCUCAAAGAAAUUACAAAACUUGUUCAAGUUCACAGAACUCAUGAGAGUUUUAAGAACCUCUGUGAAGAAGGGUUGGCUGGGUGCAACCCCAACUGUAUCCCCUGAAAACCUCCACAAAUAUUGGUUGAAAGUCAGAAUAAAAGUUCCCUUCCCCCACCAGGCACCUACCCCUCCUUGGGUAUAUAGCAGAAAAACAAGAAACUAAUUGAUUUGCACACAUUGGAGAGAUUUAUAAUUUUCUUGGACAGCUUAGGGAUAAACUAGUGAAAAUACAUAGUAAAAUAAGCAAGGGAAAAGACAAUGCAAUUAUUAAAUACUAGGGAAAAAGAAACUGUUCUUUAAGAAAGGGAAUAGUACACUACAUGGCUUAGCUUGAAUAACAUUUACCUAGAGAAUAAUGUAAAUAGCAAGGACUAUGAUGUAAUUUUUUUUUAAGAAAUGAGGGGAGAGGAUUUGUAUGUGGGGGAGGAGGGGUGUAACAAAUGUAGGUCCUCAUCUUCCAUCACAGAAAAUGCAUAACUAGAGAACAGUGAAUAGCGGUAUAAAAAUCUUAUUUAGCAAUAGGAGCUAAAGCCCAGAAAAAACAGUGAAAAAACUGAUAGAGAUUGCCUCUGGAGAGAAGUUGUGGGUGAAAAAAUAGGGUGGGGAUUUCUCUUUUCCUUUCAAAAACUAUUUAACUGCCUAA